UCUUUCUCCAUCCAUCCAUCCCUCUCUCUCUCACUCACUCACUCUCUCUCUCUCUUUCUCUCUCUCUCUCCAUCCCCCUCUCUCUUUCUCCCUUACUAUCUGAGUGGUUGCUUUUAAGAGAAUGACAAAGCCAAAAUUCAGGCCUUGUCCUAUCUGCCAGGUUCUUCAGCAGGCCAACCGCAAAACCUGCAGUGCUUGUUUUGCCACACUACCAAGCAAGCGGUUAUUAAAAACUGCAAAAAUUAAUGAUGACUGGGGCCAGAAGGUCAUCAAAAACAAAAAUGCAUCUAGGGUGGUGGCCUCUGCCCAAAUAGCUGUCCAAAAACUUUUUGCCUUGGGCUAUAUGCCCAUAUUAUUUAUCAGCCAGAGGCACAAGGGCACAGGCAAGUUGAUGGCAGAUGUAAUCACGCAUCUGCCACCAACGCAAAACAACACACGCUUUUUAACAAGCAUGAAGAAGGCAUAUGACUUCCUGAUCAAAAUGAAUUAUGUGCCUCAGCCCCAGCAAGACCAGCCCCAGCAAGACCAGCCCCAGCAAGACCAGUCCCAGCAAGACCAGCCCCUCCAGCAAGACCAGCCCCAGCAAGACCAGCCCCUCCAGCAAGACCAGUCCCAGCAAGACCAGCCCCUCCAGCAAGACCAGCCCCUCCAGCAAGACCAGCCCCAGCAAGACCAGCCCCAGCAAGACCAGUCCCAGCAAGACCAGCUCAUACUCCUAGACCAGCUCCAGCAAGAUCAGCCCCUCCACAUUGACCAGCCCCAGCAAUACCAGCCCCUCCACAUAGACCAGCCCCAGCAAGACCCUCCCCUCCACCUAGUCCAGCCCCAGAAAGACCAGCCCCUGCCCCUAGACCAGCUAUUCCCACAAGACCAGCCUACCCCAGCAGACCAACAAAUAAUUACAAUUGAAUUAUUUACGGUCGACUCUCAGGCUCAGCAGUAUGUGGAGCCUCUACCACCCAGGAAAAGACAAACCCCACUAUCCACCCCAGGCCUACCACCCACCCUAGGCCAAGACAGACGAGCCCCACUAUCUAUCCAACCUCAACUAAAGAAAAGACAAACCACAGGUACAGGAGCCACACAAGCCCCACCCUCUACCCUGGCCAAAAAGAAGAAAACAAAAAGUUGCAAAUGCAGUCGACAGACAAUUUAUCCGUAUGAUAAAAUAUUGGAAAGACGGAUGAAUGAGGGGAAGGCAGCAGAGGUCAAAGUACGCUGGCUACCUUGUUCUUCCUGUGGCAGAGUCUGGGAGGACACCUGGGAGCCGGCCAGCAAAUUCGCCUGAUGACCAAUACUGUUGUGCUAUUUGUUUGUAUAUAUUUGUUGAUAAUUAAAUUCAC